CAGGAAAUCAUCUAAUUUAAACAAAUGUUUGCAUUUUAAUGAGGAGGGGGAAUGAUGCCAUCUGAAGCAAGUGUGACUUUAAUUAUGUUUUGGAGUUUUUAAUCACCACUGAGUGAGGUUUCUUUCAGUUGAAGAAAACCAGAGAUAGAGACAGCAUCCGAAAAUAGACCAUACUGCCCUCUUUUGGUAAGACCACCCUUAGCCAUUAAUGAAUAAAAACCACAGCAUCCAGCCAGGGGCUUCCAGAUGGGCAGUGCUGAGGAAAAGCAACGUACUCAAGCCAUUGAGAAAGGAGGAGAAUAUCUUGAAGCUCUGUAGAAACCUGUAUGCAGUCAGACAGAAUGAAAGUCACUUUCACAGGUUUGGCCAGUUUUGUGGCCACCUUUGGGGUCCUCAGCUUUGUGGGUCUUGUUCUGGCAAUCGGAACUGAUUUUUGGUACAUCAUUGACACUUCUAAGAGAGAGAACAGCUCGUCAACGUCUCUGAGCUCACAUUCUGGACUUUGGAGGACCUGUAACUUUCAUAACCAGUGCUGGCCAUUUAUGAAUCCUUUUGGAGCAGCAAGAAACUUAUCAGAUUCACAAAGGCAGAUACUAAACAUGCAAGGUACGUUCAUAGUCCUGUUGCCUCUCAGCGUGAUCGUGCUGUUUGUUGGAGGGAUGCUGGGCUUCAUCAGCAUGUUGGCUCGAGCUUACCUGCUGCUACUCUUGACUGGAGUGUUGCUUCUCUUUGGUGCUGUGUUCUCAUUGGCUGGAAUCUGUGUCUACAUGGCUUACUCCGCGGCCGCCUUUAAAGAGGCUGUGGUCAUCUCUGGCCACAAAACCCUGGAGGACAUCAACAUUUACUUUGGAUGGUCUCUGGUUCUGGCCUCUGUUUCUUUCAUUGGAGAGCUCAGUACAGCCAUCGGCUUCCUGUUGGCCUCUGCCAGAAUCAGUCAACUGACCAAUCAUGAGGAAGAUGAAUGAAUGGACUUAUCUGACAUAAUCUUAAUCAUGCCUGUAUCCUGAAGGCAUGACACAAUGUAUGAAGUUUGUUUUACAAACAUUUUUAAUUAAAGGUGCAGUGUGUAAAUUUUAGCGCCAUCUAGUGGUGAGGUUGCAACCAACGGCUUAGUCCACGGCUCACCCCUCGCUUUUGAAACACAUAGAGAAGCUAUGGCCACCACCGGACAAACAUGUCAUCGUCGAAGACAACUUAGUAAAAAAAAAUGUCCUUUAAGGGCUUCUGUAGAAAAAUGGCAGCACAAAAUGGCGACUUCCAUGUAAGGGGACCCUCGGUGUAUGUAGAUAAAAAGGUCUCGUUCUAAGGUAAUAAACACAUAACGGUUCAUUAUGAAAAGUCUUUAUACACCCCUGAUAAUAUAGUUUUGUAUAUUAUUUUGCUUUUCUGUCAAAAGAUCCUUCUAAAAAUUACACACUGCACCUUUAAAUUGUUGUUCACAUUAAAGGAAUAGUUCACUUUCCUCCUCAUUUUUUGUUAUUUUGAGUCCGAUUAUUGUUUUUUAAAAUGUGCUUUAAGCUA